UCAUUCAGUUCAAGGAUGUCUCCGGCAGCGUCGUUUGGGGAACGAUGGGCCCGCGACAACCUGGACAGAGAAACUUCACCAGAAGAGAUCCAGACCCUCGACUUGUUUCCUGUCACUUGUGGAGGAGAUCUGGCAGAGGCAGCCAAGAGGGCGAGGAGGUACUACACCGCAAGAGGAGCCAGCGGUUUGACAGAGCUGUGGCAUAGAAGCCAUCCCGAUGAUGAAGACAUACUCUCGAGCUGUCAAGAUGCUUACAUCGUCCCACUACGCGUCAGGAGCGUGGGCGGGCGGCGCGUGACACUGGUGCGCCUGCCCGCGCCCACCGCCCUGGACCGACCGCUGUGCGCCCACGCCUUGCUCUCUAGGUGGCUCAUGAUAUUGGAUUUGAGAUUACGUGAAGACCCAACACCCGGCGAAGAAGUUGUCUUCAUAGAUGUGUGUGACUUACAACCUUCGCAUCUCAAGAACCAUUUCAGAGGCUCCUUUUGGAAGGACUUCGUGUGGUGUAUGAAGUCCGUAUACCCUAUCCGGUUCUCCGAAGUGCACAUAAUCAACACACAACGCUUGAAGACUAUGUCAUUGCUGUUGCUUCACAUCGGGCUGUAUCCAUGGCGACGCAAGAUCGUUCACAUACACGCCAAUGGGGAGCAGAUCAAUAACGCUAUGGCGGUAGACCACUUCCCCAUUGAAGGAUUACCAUAUGAGUAUGGUGGGAAGGCUGGCGCUAUGAAGGAUCUCAAUGAUGAAUGGACGAAGAAACUCUUACUCAACUCAAAAUGGCUGGCAAUGGAGAAUCAAAAGUUCUACGAUACGGAGUUGAAGUUGAAGUUGAAGCCACAGAUAAAGCGUGCACGCCGCAAAAGCGCAGUACGCAACAUUUGCAACACAAACGCAUCGUACGACAUGCUGACACGCACACAUUCAUGCCGAUCUUUAUACAAGAAGGAGGACAUGGAAGAAGGAACACAUGGUGCAUAUAGGACUUUGAAAGUGACAGAUCGACACUUCCAUGUUUGAGAUUUUAUAAAACUAGUUGAUUUGAAACUUACUCGUAUGUAGUUACAAUAGGGACAUUAAUAUGUUGCUAAUUACAUUAAUAGCUAGCUGACCCGGCAAAUGUUGUUUUGCCCGUCGAUAUAAAUCGUUAGAUAGGCCCCUACAUAUUAAAGAACACACAAUAUUAUGUCCUUACUCAAAGACGUGCACGCACAACUUAACUUAGUAUGCAACAAGCGCAUGCUGUGAUUUAAAAAAUAUUUUACUGUUUUUUGUUGUUUAAUCCCUUAAUUGUGCCUUUGUGAUCAUUUUGGAAGUAUAAAAACACAAGCCGCUACACCAAUAUAAUGAGAAAGUUGUUACUUUCAUUCGUAAAUUUUGUGAAACCAAUGACAAUUCCGUGACGCUUUGGGGCCCAUUUAACGAUCUAGGAUCGAUGGUUUUGCCAUAUAAAACUCAAAUCUUGACUCAAAAUUCUAAUGACUUAUUUUUUAUGAUCAUUUGAUGGCAAUAGACAAAAAUCAUUAAAUCGGUCAAGCAGUUCCAGAAUACCGUGACACGAGAUUUUUUAUACCUACCAACCUAUUAGAAUAAUUUGACACAAAGGUGUAAAUACAUUUACAUACAUAUUUAUUAGUAUAUUAUGAUUAAAUUUCUAAGAAAGUUUUAAUUUUGUGUCAAUCUGUGAUGAUAUUCCAAACUUUAUUAAGUAUCAAAACUUUCAAAAUUCUGAAUACCUAAUCAUUUAUAGUAUGGUUGUGAAAGUGAAAAUACAACCAAAAUUUAAUACAUUGAAAUAAUGCUCAUUUUAAGUAAUUAUGAUAAAAACACAAAUGUAAAAAUUAUAAACUAAACUGAAUUGAUUAAAUUGAUAUAAAUUUUACAGUUACCAAUCAGUUAAACUUUUAAAAAAAGUUAAUGUGGUUAAUGCAACAAAAAUAUUGACAUUAAUUGUUAGACCGAAAUUUUCGCAAAGCAGUUUGUACCGAGUAGGUCUUAAAAUUAAAUGAACCUCUCUUUAUAUAUCUUUAUACCUAAGUGUAAAUAAUAUGCAUUUUUAAACCAAUUGUAGGUAAUUUAAAAGUUAAAAAAACUUCAUUUCAUUUACGAUGUAUUUUACGAAUAUCUACUUGUCCUUAAAUCCAUGACAAUUUACCUACUUGUAAUAAAUAUAUUGACGUAAUUUUUCACUUUUUUAAUACAGUGGUUAGCCUAAGUGGCUUAAUUAUGCUAGCCACCCACCAUCCAACAUGCUUGCAGCGCUAACGGUUUGGCAUCCAAUAAAACUGAUCUGAGCCUAUAGUUAUGUGACCCUUCGGUUCUCUUUCUACAAACGCUAACGCUUUGGAAACAAACAAAAUGUAUGGGAAUGACAGAUCCGAUCGACAACUUGAUCACGUGACCUGUCGACACCUAGUGAAUGUCAUUGCCAUGAUAUAUUUUUUUUAAUUUUCGAAGCGUUAGCGUUUGUAGCGUGCCACAUGGCUACAGGUCUUGUGUUGGUCGUGUUCUGAUUUGGUACGGGGGCAGAUAGACAAUAAAACUUCUACUUGAGCUUGAAUCACAUUUAUGUAAUAAUAUUUAACAUUUAUAAGAUACAACAAUUAGGUAAUGUAAUUUAUAAUUUGGAGAAAAAAUAUAAGAGCUACAUGGCGAUGACUUAAAGGUAAAAGAAGAGAAUGACAUCUCGACAGAGAGUUGCCAGAGUGGAAAAAUAAACAGUGUUGUCACAUUUAAUAGCAAUAAUUUAGGGCGUACAUACACACAACUCAACAGGUCGCAACCUGUAUGAUUUUUUUGUGGGUAGUUAUGAGGUCAUGUGUUCGAGAUCUGAGUUGGGCUAUAAAAUAUUGAGCUUCAAAAGUUCUAAGUACCAGCCUGCCAAGAAGCUUGAAAAGUAGGUAGGUAGGUUCAAGUAGGCUCAGUUUACAAGCACUUUUGAUACUUCAGUUGACUAUUUGUAAAGAUUCUACAACCGGUUCCGAAGGCAGAUUCUGCUGAGAAGAAACCGGCAAGAAACUCAACAGUUGCUGUUUUAUAAAACAAAUCAUACAACAUUAUAAUUUACAAUUGUUGACAACAUUACAAUUUCUUAUAGUUUUACUUCCUAUGUGAAGGUGGAAGCUGAUCCAACGGCUUCCAAGCAUCUUUAUCUUUAAGGAACUCAGCAAUGGUGCAGUAACCUCGACUAAGUAAAUGUUUUUUAACACAUUGCUUAAAGCUAUGCAUUGGCAGGUCCAUAACUUGGGUAUCUUGUUAUACUUGUGAUGUACAACCUCUGUGCCACGGAGAACACCAUAAGACGUUGGUCCCAAUCAUUCGCAGUAACAUCGGAUAGCGGUCUGUCAACCAGCAUUGGAACGUGGUGGGUGUAAGCUCCAAAUUCUCUGUAGACAUUGCUGUGUGUGCCUUUAAAGGCUGACACUGAUGAUUGUUAGCCUUCAAAGGAUAAAAAAAAAUAGUUCGUCCUUCACUUAUGCUAUUCGAUAUUGUUGAAGCGUGUUUUGUUUGGCUCCAAAAAAACCAUAAAGCAAAAGAAGUAAGAUAGGAAUUAGUAAUGUACUAUUUUGUUGUGAAAAAAAAUGCAAUGAAUGCCUUUCACUAAGUAUUAUAUAUUGAAAUACUUUUUACCUAUAUUCUCAAUCGAAUAUGUUUUGUUAUUGUUAAAAUAAAAUUAAUGACAUAAAAUA